GCUUUCACCAUCCAUCUUCACUCUACUCAUUCUCGAGCGUGCAGCAUUCUUUACCUGCUCGCUUCAUCGGUCUACUUGCUACUCGCUUCGUUAGCAUUUAAGACUCAGCAUGCCUUCCUUUGAUCCCGCUGUUGCUCCUUUCAUCAUCAAUACAAACGCCAUCAGCCACACCAAUGGCAAAUAUAGCAGCAACAUGAACGCCAAUGUCAAUGGAAAUGGCAAUCUCAACGGCACUGCCAACGAGAAUGGAAGUGUCAAUGGCAACGCCAAUGGAAACGGAAAUGCCAACGCCAACAGCAAUGGCAAUGGCUCUGACAUUGGUAACGGCUCUAACAGCCCAAACAGCACCAGUGCCAACGCCAGCCCUAGUCCCAGCCACAGUUCCAAUAACAGCCAUAGAGGCAGCGGCCACAACAGCCCAGCCAAUAGGCCAAUCCGUCCUGACAGAAAGAACUGCGCUCCUACGGCUAGCAAUGCUCAGGGCCUGUUCCCUCCUGCAGCUUGUGUCUUUGUUGGAAAUCUUUCGACCAGAGUGCCUCUUGAGAAGCAAGGCAAGGAACUGGGGGCAAAGUUCUCUACUAUUGGUCCAUGCUACGUUAAGACCAAUGUGGACAGGAAAAAGGAACUCCCUUCUGCGUUUGUUCAGUUCGAGAAAUCCGAACAUGCCGAGACCGCCUUGACAUGGCAUAAUACUAUGCAGCUCCACGACCGCCUGCUGCGGGUUGAAGUGAGCAAAGCGAUAAGAACUGGCAUCAUGGGCUAUCGCAAUGGAAAUUCCAUUACCCUGGAUGCUGUACGCGAAGCUUUGCUAGGACGGGGAGCCCUCGAUUAUUGUACCACAGGGUGCACUACAAGUGGCAUUACUGUCAGCAAAGUCGUCUUCUCCUUUGUGGGCGAUUACCAGGAUGCAAUGAGGCAUUUCCAAAAUAAUCCCGACAUUUAUCUCAAAGCGGAUUAUGGAAUAAGGCCCAUUUAUCCCCCUUCCCCUCCUCCGCUGCCACAGUACUCGCAGCUCCAGCCCCCCUACUACCCUCCGGCGCCCGCACCGGCCCCUUACACUCAGGUACCCUAUACUCAGGGACCUGGAACUUAUCCCACGGUGUCUUACGCCCAGGCGCCCCCUCCUCCCCCUCCUUUCCCUCCUUUCCCUUCUUUCCCCAAUUACACCAAUUGGACUUGUCGUCAGGAGCAAUUUCCUCCUCAACAUUAUCAGUGGUCUUGCGGCCAGGGAUCCUACCCUCCUUACGCUCAGGGAUCCUGGUGCCCUCCGUAUUGGUCCGAGCCACCCCACCACGUCGCUGAAGCACCCAACCCAAAUACGCACACUCAGACACUCCACCCUGGGAUGUUCUUCCCGCCAGAGCCCUGGUCUGAGGAGCAUUAUGCUGCGACGGCUUCCCAGGAUCCCGGCUCCCAGUCUGCGCAAGCGCAACUCACCGUCUCUCAAUCCACUCAACCUGCGAAUGGGAAUGAACUGACCCCGCCUUCUUCCCCCGAAAUGGAAGAGAAGACGACGGAGGAGGAACAGGCUGGUGAGAAGACUGUCACUGAGGAAAGCACCGAGGAAAAGGAGGAAGAGAAGAAAGAGGAAGAAGCGGAGAAUGAAAAGGACGAAAAGAAAUGGCCACUCGUUGUGGGAUAAGAAUUCCCUUUUCUAUUUCGAGGUCUUUUGAAUGGCUAUGGUAUGUGUGUGCGUGAGUGUUAUGUGAUGCGGUGGUGCACAAGUUUGGAAAACCAGUAUGGUUGAUUGCUUAUAUAUAACCAAGAAAACAAGAGAAUCAAAAUACCUUUCAAGAC